AAAGGGACUCACUCAUUCUCAUAACAAUUCCCUUAACUCUAUCUCUAGGUGACUUAAGAGUAAAAAAUGGUAGAGGCAGAGGUUGAAGUAGAUGUGGAAAUCAAAUCUACGGCUGAUAAGUUUUUCAUGUUCUCUAGAAGAUCACAACAUGCCUCCAAAGCCACUCGCUAUGUACAGGGAUGUGAUCUGCUCGAAGGCGAGUGGGGCGAAGUUGGAAGCAUACUCUUGUGGAAAUUAACUGUUGAUGGAGAGCCAAAAGUGUCAAAGGAUAUGAUUGAGGCGAUUGAUAUGAAGAUGAAUAUGAUCCAGUGGAGGGUGUUAGAGGGACCUCUGAAGGAAGAGUACAAUAUUUUCUCGAAAACGAUGAAAGUAAGCCCUAAGCAAGGAGGGUCUGGAAGUGUGGUGAAGUGGAACUUGAAGUAUGAGAGAAUUGAUGAGAAGGUGGCUCACCUAGAGAGGCUCCUUCAGUUCUUCGUCGAAUGUGUUAACGAGAUUGACCAAUACCUAUUGUCUGAGGGUUAGGGACUUUUCUCCCUGGCUUAUGUGUGGGAGAGUUAUUGUAUGCGUACGUGUAAGGACUCUUCUUGUGUUUUAUAUGUCUUUCUCAAUAAUGUGAUCUCUUGCGAUUUAGAAGAGAGGUAUGCAAGUGUGCUAUACAUGAUGUAUAAUACAUCAUGCCUUAAGUUGGAAGUUGUAUAACAUUUUAAGUUGCUUAUGAGUUUCUCAUAUAUGUAUGGUGUGUUUGUUGGUUGAAAAACCAUAUUAUAAUGCAACGAUACCAUGUUUUUUUAUCUCCUUGUGUUUAGUUUUUUUUUUGUUUGCUAAAUCACC